AUGGAGCCUUGCUGGCAAGUCUCUGGACUGAGAAACGGGCCCGGUGUUCUGCUCCCUCGAAGCGACGGAUUGGGGCUGUACCUUUCGUGCGAAUCUACCGUUGGAUUGAACCGUGAGACCUGUGAGGGGGGCGAUCGAACGGUCGACACCUCAAAAUAGAGACAAAUCAUUCUUUGGCGCGAACCAUACGACCCGAACCCUGACUCGAGUCGGUUCAAAGGGGGAAGUAGCUGCAAUAACAGCAACAAUAAUACAGCGGGACUCCAUGUUCCUUCCCAACGAAAAAACAAAGGGUAACCAGAUCUCCUCUCUCAUUCUCUACAUCGUUAUUCUAUCUAUAUAUAUCUUUUAUCAUCCCCGUCGAUCCUACCUCUGAAUCUUUUCUCCUACUGCUCUCGUGGUUGUGUGGAUAUAUCCUUCCAUCGCCAUUCCCUCCCACCCGCUUUCUUCCUGGAGGAGAUGUUCUGUGUUCCUGACUUGGACCUUCCCCUCCGCCACACAAGCCCCGCUUUGCUUGAGAAUGAAUUGCCGGGGCUGAUCUCGAAUAAAGGGCCGGUGACCCACGGUGACCCGGUCCCGGAGACGUCGCUACCGGAUCAGCCCACCGCCGAAGCCGGGGAGAUGGGAUCGUCCGCCGUAGCGGAAGCGGUGAGGCAGCUGUUCAUGGAGGAGGACGAUAUUGCCUCUUGGAUCCACUACCAGAUCGGGGAGGACGGCGGCGGCGAUAUGUACAGAGAGCUGCUGGCGGCGGCCACCGGCGAGACCACGGCCGAUCUUGGAGACGCGAAGAAGCGCAUGGUGGAGGGUUUCACGGUGGCGGAAUCGAGCGAGAUGCCGGCCGUGGAGGGGCAGGCAGCGGUGUUGAUGGGGUUGAGGAGAGGUCCUGUGAGGUCGCACGCAGGGGACGGCAGGAAGCGGAAGGCGAGGGAGGGUGACAACUCCGGGUGCCAGAACGAGGAUGAUGAGUUUGAAUCUGGUGACAAAAGGAAAGACACACACAGAUCUGCACCCGUAAGAAGGUCACGUGCUGCAGAGGUCCACAAUCUUGCUGAGCGGAGGCGUCGUGAUAGGAUCAAUGAGAAGAUGAAGACCUUGCAAGAACUAAUUCCCAGAUGCAACAAGUCGGACAAAGCUUCAACUCUGGACGAGGCCAUUGAAUACUUGAAAUCACUUCAGUUACAAGUCCAGAUGAUGUCCGCGGGAUGCAGCAUGGGGCCAGUGAUGUUUCCGGGUGUCCAGACGUACCCGCCACCCAUGGGGAUUGGAAUGGGGAUUGGCGUGGGUGUUGGUGCGGGCGUAGGCACGGGGGCGAAAAUGGGUGCGGUGAUGGGUGCUGGGGACUCGGGCCGCCCGCUGCUUCAAUACGGAUCCUUCUUGCCAUGUCCUCAUAUGGCUGCACCUGUUCCAGCUCAGUUUAGCCCAAGGCUCUUUGUGCCGUCUUUUCUUUCACCGACUAUGGCAACAGCUGACCAAAUGGGAGUUGAAGCACCUGGUCAGCGAGUUCCGACCUCAUCAAACUCGGUCGGGAUGCAAGGCGCAAAAAUGGUUCAAAUUCCACGAAUUGGUGAUCCGUAUGGCCCUUUUGUCGGCCUUCAUCAUCUCCAGGGAUCAUCUCAGAGUUGCGUGGUGGAUCAACCAGGAACCAGCAAGACGAGAACUGAUGAUGCUGAAAAUAACAUUCUCGGCUGAAAUGUUGCCAUUUUUUAGUUAUCACCUGCUGCAUCAACUACCUCCGAAAAUGGACCAUGUUGGAGUAUGCAACGAAGUAAAGUUGCGCAUACCUGCCUUCUAGAUUUUGCAGAACAUGUGAGUAUAGCACCACCCAUCACGAGACACUGCUAACUUUUAGGAUACCAUAGGUGUAGCUCCUGAUCAGUAUAAUAGAUGUCCGUUCUCAUGUCCUGUACUUGCUAUAUAACAUAAAACAUGAGAGGUGUAAUUGUAUAUUGCUUAUGCUACGUAAUAUAAAGCGUGUGCUGGUUAGCCUCUAAUCAAAUUUAUGUAGCUUUGCCAUGCGAACCUCAUUAACUUUUUGAUGUCAUCUGCUAGUCCAGAACAUAAAUUCGAGGUAUGUCUUACGAGAUAAGUACAUGAAAACUACAUGAUGACAAGAUCCACCACUUUCUGCAUUUUAGGAUGCAAACUCUAUUUAUAUCAAAACAAUAUGAUUAUAUGCACCAUUGCUGUGGUUGAGUGCAGCUAUCAAACAAUCUACCGCUUUUCAUAUUUUAUAUAAAAUAUAAAGUAAAUUGUAAAAAUUUUCUUAAGAUUAGAUCGAAAUUACAGUUAAAUCCAAUAACUUGGAAAACCUACACUUAUGUCUCUAAUGUUUACUUUAAUACUACAAUUUAAUCGACCGUUAAGCAGCCCGCUG